GUCGUCCUGGGAAGCUAGGGAAAUGAACACUAACACGUGGAAAUAGUGAUUCUCUGUAUUUUGCUUUUACUUACAGGGUGUUUCAGUGCCUUCUUUUAAACCGUGCCUGAUUAUAUAUUAUUAAACUGACCUGAGAGCAGGUUUAAUCCGCUUUAUUAUGGCGGACAACGUGGAUGAGGAUUCUCUGUGCAGAAUUAAAGAGGGGGACUACAUUGUGAUGAAACGCGGAGAUAUCUUCAAAGCUGUGCAAAUCCUACCGAGGAAGAAGGUGAUCUUUGAGAAGCAGUGGUUCUUCCUGGAUAAUGCUGUGGGCCAGUUGUACGGCUGCACCUUUGACAUUGUGUCUGGAGGGAUCCUGCAGCCAAGGAAGCCCAAAGACACAGAGAGCAACACCGAUGCGAAGGAGGCAGGCACAGACAACAGAAGCAUUGUGGACGAUGGGAAAUCACAGAAGCUGACCAGGGAUGACAUAGAGACGCUCAAAGAGCAAGGUCUGAACGACCAGGAAAUCAUCCAGGAGCUGAUAAAGAACAGCUCCACAUUCAGUGCUAAGACUAAAUACGCCCAGGACAAGUACAUCAAGAAGAAAAAGAAGAAGUAUGAAAACACCGUGACGAUUCUAAAACCGUCCUGUCGCAUCCUGGCUCUGAUGUACCACGGCCGGGAACCGGGGAAGAUCUGCCACCUGCGGUAUGAUAUACUUGCCCAGAUGUUGACUCUGGCAAACAUCCACGCAGGCAGUAAAGUUCUGGUGUUCGAGACCUGCGCUGGCCUCGUGCUGGGAUCCGUCAUGGAAAGAAUGGGGGGCUAUGGCUCAGUGAUCCAAAUGUUCCCAGGAGGUGGGCCAGUGCGGGCGGGUGUGGAGAGCUUUGGCUUCCCUGCACAUUUUCACGAUACGCUGCAUGAGUUUCCCAUCUGCCAUGUCAAUGCUCUGCUGGCAGGCACUCUGGACACCGCUUCCAAAGACCCUAGUGCUGAUAAUACGCAGUCCGACAUGGCUGUAAAGGAGGAGCCAAACCAGAUUAAGACAGAACAGACGGACAGUCCGGAUGAACUGAAAAUGGAGACAAACAGUGGUGCUGAUGAAAGCCACGACCCGGAGAAAGCAGAGAGGGAGAAACGCAUAGAAGCCAAAGCUCAGGAAAGAAAGGUGAAGCAGGAGGAGAAGCGGAAGAAGCUGGCAUCUGCUGCUGCCCUGCUGGAAGGCAGGAAUGCGGACGGGUUGGUUAUAGCCAGCAGGUUUCACCCGUGUCCCGUCCUCAUGGGCCUGCUCAAGUUCCUCUCCCCCUCCAGGCCUUUUGUAGUCUACUCCCAGUACAAAGAGCCUCUGAUCGAGUGCUACACAAAGCUCAAGGACCACGGCGGUACGGUCAACCUCAGACUCACAGACACCUGGCUCAGACAUUACCAGGUGUUGCCUAACAGGACGCAUCCCGUGCUGCUGAUGAGCGGUGGCGGAGGCUUCCUCCUCUCAGGGACGACGGUUGCCAUGAACCCCCCCAAACCCGCGGUCUCCCAGCGAACUGAGGAGCCGGCGCCAAAGAGACAGAAAGUGACUGAGGGAUAAACAAAUACUGAAGCAUCCAGUGUUUUAAGGGCACAUUACCAACGGCCUGUAAGGGGGUUUUAUCCUCCAGCAUCGACUUCUCUUUCUGCUGAACUGAUUUGACACCUCUGGAAUAUAAGUGAGACGGAGUGUCUGGUUUGCAUUCAUCAGAGCACUUUCUCCCAUCUUGUGUAGUCAGAUCAGCGCAGAGGAUGAAGGCGUAAUGCUGAGGAGUCACCUUUAAGCCAGUUUAGGAAGUAUGAGCUCAGUGUGUGUGUGUGUAUUAUGUAAGGAUCUGCUGAAAUAAUCGUGUGUGUUGAGAGUAAGUAACACAUUUGUUUCUUAUGACUCCAGACCAGAUGUAAAAAUCUUUAUUUUUUUUCCAGUUAAUGCUCUCCAGCUUCUUGGUUAACACUUUUAAUUUUUGUUUUGUUAUCCCCGCAGAAAGUGCCAUUUGUUAUAUGAUCCAGCUGUGUAUGACUGUGGGUAACAUCUGUAUCUGCCCAGAAUUAAAAAAGCAGUCCAAAAGAACCUGCUGUGUGAACACUCAUUUUU